UAAAAUCAUUACUACUUGAUAAACCUCUUCUCCCCUUUCCCAUAUUUUCUCUCCCCUUAACAUUCUUCCAUGUAAAUUCCCUGGAUCCAACAGAGUGAAAAAAUGUAUAGUCAACACUCAGCGAGCUAAACACGUCGUCGAAAAUGCACCAGUGCAUGUGUUGAUGAAUGGAAAUGGAGCAGAAGAAGAAGUUGGUAUAAAACCAGUGGCGGUGCAAAUUCAAAAUGGCGAGAAAGAAAGCGUAAUCUGUACUCCAGUGAAUUCAAGAUCCCCUCCCCUGGUUUUGUGUUGCCCACUCCAAACAAACACGCAUCACAUCACAUCAGAAACGAUUCAAACUGUUAUUCAGCUCCGGAAGAUGAAAACAGUGUCCGAUUGGAUCGAUUCGUGUUCGAAGGAGCAAACCAACACGUACCACCAAUGGUUCAACUUGGCCGAUUCAGAUGGAGAUGGCCGUAUCACUGGCAACGAUGCUACCAAGUUCUUUGCUCUCUCCAACUUAUCUCGCUCUCAACUCAAGCAGGUUUGGGCUAUAGCUGAUACAAAGAGACAAGGAUUUCUAGGUUUACAAGAGUUUGUAACCGCAAUGCAGCUCGUUUCCCUGGCACAGGCUGGAUAUGAUAUCAGCUAUGAUAUCCUUAAAACUGAAAUUGACAGUGAAAAUAUUAAACCCCCAGUAAUGGAAGGAAUCGAUGCUUUAGUAGCAAAAACAAAGAGUUCAACAACAAAUUCCCAACCCGAUGAAUUAGGGACUUCUCAGCCUCAACCUUCGCCACCUAGUCCUUGGGUUGCUCCUAAAUCUGUAAAGAAAUUGCCUCUCAAUGCAGUCACAUCAAUAAUUGAUGGCUUGAAAAGGUUGUAUAUACAGAAGCUAAAGCCAUUGGAGGUCACUUACCGAUUCAAUGAUUUUGUAUCUCCAUUAUUGACCGACAGUGAUUUCGAUGCUAAACCGAUGGUGAUGCUUCUUGGUCAGUAUUCGACAGGGAAAACAACAUUCAUAAAACAUUUACUAAGAUGUGAUUAUCCAGGGGCACACAUUGGGCCAGAGCCUACAACUGACAGAUUUGUUGUUGUCAUGUCUGGACCUGAUGAGAGGAGUAUUCCUGGAAAUACUGUAGCUGUUGAUGCUGCCAUGCCUUUUAGUGGGCUGACAACUUUUGGCGGUUCAUUUCUGUCAAAGUUCCAAUGUUCUCAAAUGCCGCAUCCACUGCUAGAUGAAAUAACAUUUGUGGACACUCCUGGUGUCCUCUCUGGAGAAAAGCAACGGACUCAACGAAGUUAUGAUUUCACCGGUGUUAUAUCUUGGUUUGCUGCAAAAUGUGAUCUGAUUCUUCUCUUAUUUGAUCCUCAUAAGCUUGACAUUAGUGAUGAAUUCAAGCGUGUAAUUGGAUCACUACGUGGUCAUGAUGACAAGAUACGUGUGGUUUUGAACAAGGCAGACCAAAUUGAUACUCAACAACUUAUGAGAGUUUAUGGAGCAUUGAUGUGGUCUCUUGGGAAGGUUCUGAAUACACCUGAAGUUGUGCGUGUAUAUAUCGGCUCAUUUAAUGAUAAGCCUAUAACUGAAGGCUUUGUUGGCCCAUUAGGACAGGAGCUCUUUGAGAAGGAACAGAAUGAUCUCCUUGCAGAUUUGGUAGAUAUUCCAAGAAAGGCUUGUGAUAGUCGGAUCAACGAAUUUGUGAAACGGGCUAGAUCUGCUAAAAUCCAUGCCCAUAUAAUUAGCCAUCUUAGGAAUGAGAUGCCUGCAAUUAUGGGCAAGGCUAAGGCUCAACAAAGGCUUAUUGAUGAACUUGAAGAUGAAUUUAAAAAGGUUCAAAGAGAGUUUCAUCUCCCAGCUGGCGAUUUUCCAAAUGUAGAACAGUUCAGAGAGGUUUUGAGUGGUUAUAGCAUCGACAAAUUUGAGAAACUAAAGCCCAAAAUGAUUCAAGCCGUAGAUGACAUGCUUGGAUAUGAAAUACCUGAGCUGCUAAAGAACUUCAGAAAUCCUUAUGAUUAAAUUGGAAAAUGUUAAAGCAUGUUAUUGAUUUUGUCAUGAAUGUUUCUUGACCGAAAUUAUGAUGUUAUAUUUUUGAGUAAUGAUGGGUAUUGUCUUGUUCAAUGUCUAACUAUAAAGGGACAGUAAUGUCAAUGAAUAGUGCAUGUAUUUCAUAUUUUUUGAAAUCAUUCUGGUUUCCA